AAGCCUCCCCCAGGUGAUUUCCCCCAUGAGCCGGAGGGGGACGAGCUGGACGAUGACCCCCCCCGCCGCAAGAACAAGGCCAAGGGCAAGACGUGCGGGCUGGGGGCGGUGCGGAAGCGCCAGGAGCCGCCGGCACUGGAGGAGCGGGACAAGCCCUACGUGUGCGACAUCUGCGGGAAGCGCUACAAGAACCGCCCGGGGCUCAGCUACCACUACACGCACACGCACCUGGCUGAGGAGGAGGGCGAGGAGCUGGGAGAGCGCCCUGUGCCCCCCCGCAGGAACCACCACAAGCAGUUUUACAAAGAGUUGAACUGGGUCCCUGAAAACCAGCGCCGGAGCACAGCAGGCGCGCCCCCCCCCGCGCCCCCCCCCUCGGGCGCUCCCUGCGGCUUCUGCCUGGGGGGGUCCCGUCGGGCCCCGGCGUGUCCCGAGGAGCUGAUUGCGUGUGCGGACUGCGGCCGGGCAGGGCACCCGUCCUGCCUGCAGUUCACGGUGAGCAUGGCGGCCGCGGUGCGCACCUACCGCUGGCAGUGCAUCGAGUGCAAGUCCUGCAGCCUCUGCGGCACCGCCGAGAACGAUGACCAGCUGCUGUUCUGUGACGACUGCGACCGGGGGUACCACAUGUACUGCCUGAGCCCCCCCAUGGCCGAGCCCCCCGAAGGCAGCUGGAGCUGCCACCUCUGCCUGCGGCAGCUCAAGGACAAGGCCUCAGCCUUCAUCACCCUCACUUAGGGGGG